AUGGUCGAGAGUGGUGUCCCCCAGGGUUCAGUGCUGGGACCCAUUUUGUCCCUCGUCUACGUGGACGAUGCCGCAAGAGCUUUAGACUGCGAAGUAGCAAUGUUUGUCGAUGGCAUGAAGAUAUGGAGUGUAAUUGAGGGUCCUGCCGACGAAGACAGACUGAAAAUGAACCUGAAUCGAUUGGAGGACUGGUCAAACCGUUGGCUCAUGCGGUUCAACGAUGCCAAAUGUAACAUACUUCGCCUAGGCAAGACAGCCAGAUCCGCCAGCACAAGAAACUACUUUCUGGGCGGUGCAGCCCUACAAGAGGUCAAAGCCCAAAAUGACCUCGGUGUGCUGACGACGAUUUCCCUAAAGCCAUUCGCCCACUGUUCGAGAGUGGCAAAAACCGCAGCGUCCGUACUAUGCGCUAUCAAGCGUGCGUUUGUCGACUUUGACGAAGAAGCUUUCUCAAAGACAUUCGGAACAUUCGUCCGGCCGCAUUUAGAGUACGGCAUACAAUCCUGGAGACCGCGGGCGGUUGAGGAUCAAAACUGCCUCAAAAGAGUUCAGAUGAGAGCCACGAAGAUGGUUAGGGUUCAAAGUUCCUUUCCUUAUGCAACUUGCCUAGUAAAUCUGAACCUCUUUCCUUUGUGUUACAGGCAACUUCCCGGGGAUUUCUUGCAAGCCUUCCGCAUUGUAAAGGGUUCGGAUUGCAGUCUGGCCUUAGAGGACUUUUUCGAAUCUCCUUCCACGACCAACCUCCGAGGUCACCCACUAAAACUGCGCACUCAGCAGGCAGUGCUGGAUGUGCGGAAGUUCUCCUUCUCUGUUCGAGUGGUCAAACCAUGGAAUGCCCUUUCCACAGAUGUUUUGAUGUUACCAUCACUACAAGGUUUUAAAAAGUAUCUCGACAUAUUUAUGUUCCGAAAUAACCAAGAGCGAUGAGAAGUAGAGCUCACACUCUCUAAAUCGUUUUCAUUUUGUCCUCUCAUUAUGGACAUGUUUGAGUUAUUUCAGCCCAGAACAUUGGCCCCAGUUCCAUCUAGCUCUUAAAAUGAGCACAUUAUCACUGAGUCAGCUGAAACCAGCCUCGUUAAAGCGCCCCCCCCCAAGAAGCAAGGACUGCUUAAAUGCGGCUCCCAAAUUUAUGAGGGAGCUUAAUCUUAACAGUAAAGAUGAGCCAGUCCUAGAACCACAACCGACCCCUAGUACUCAGAAUAAUAAACUAGUUACUCAACCUAGAUCGAAUCCAUCGCGUUCCCGCGCCUGGUCACUCAGGUCUGACCUUGCGGUCAGGUCAAAUAAGCCGGAUGAUAGUUCAGGGAGAUCUUUACCUGUCCCUAUCCCGAAUUCUCAACAUAAUGUAAACACCUCUGUUUUGAAGCCCACUUGCACACCAGCCUGCAAAAUGCAAGUAAACUGUUUCUCAAAACCUUUAAUUCCGCUACCUAACAUAAACUACCCCUCAUAUUAUGCUAAUAAUUCACAAAAUCCUAUUUUCAUGCCUCCUAUUUUUCCCAUCCAACAAAAUAGCUUUCCUCUUCCUGAGUCCUGUUCAAAUGUUUUUCCAAACAAUGCUGCAUCUCUAGUUAUUGGUAAUUACCCCACAAAUUUUAGACCACACCAACUUUGUCUUCCACCAAUUACUUCGUCCCAACAGCUUAAUUUUGCACCACCAGCUCUCCCUUUUUAUAAGUAGCAAUGAGCGGAACCUACAUAUUAGGAAUACGCUCAGUAUUGCCUCUCUCAACGCAAGAUCAGUCGUGCGGAAGAUGGCACAAUUAAGAAGUGUGGCUGUUGAGUUUGACCCAGUCAUAUUGCGCAUUACUGUGUCUUGGGAGCACUCUCUAAUUUCCGAGACGGCGCUCGCUAGAGAUAAGUCCAGUGUAUACCAACAUGGCCUUGUUGAAAAACAUGGCAAUGGUUGCCUUCUUUAUUUGAGAGCCUCACUUACACAGUCGCCGUAUGACCUGAACACUUCCAACUUCUCUGGAAAUUUAUGUUUCGAUUCGAUAAUACCUCCGCAAAAUAGGAAAGCCAUAGUCGGAUGUGUAUAUAAUCCUCCUUGUUACUCCGGAAAUGAAAGCCAACUCUGUGAACUCUUUAAGGAAAUUUCAGAGGCUCCUUUCGAUGUCAAGAUUAUCGUAGGCGAUUUUAAUUUGCCAAAAAUUGACUGGCACACACAUGCUUCCUCUCCUAAAUUCCAGAAGAUUCUUGACACCAUUUACUUCUCAAACCUGUCUCAACUAGUCCACACUUCGACAAGAAACGAUAGCGUAUUGGACUUAAUUUUCACUAAUGACACCUUCCCUCUAUCUAUGGAUCUCUCUCAUGACCUUUUCGCAAGUGAUCAUGCAUUAAUUUAUUGUCGCCUUCCAGUUGCCAUUUUCGCAAAGCUGACAGUACAGCGCAGCAUUUUUGACUUAGCUAAUAUUAACAAGGAAUUAGUAAAUAACGUUACAAGCACUCUUGAUUGGCACAAUAUUUUUUCGAAUAAUGAUCUUAAUUUUUUCAACAAUUUAUUACAAUGGGUAACAGAAGGUCUUCUCGACAUAAUUCCACGGAAGACGUUCAAAUCGAGUACCACUUCCACCGCUGUCCCACGCUUUCUUAAAAACAGACUUAAAAAGCUACAGAAGCAGCUUAAAUAUCCUUCUGUGAGCCCAUGAUCAGUUCAUCUAAGAAUCGUCGGAAUAUUUGAAUUAGCUUCGAAAAUGAGACUUGCGCGAGAUAGGCGUAGAGAGUCUUUAGCUGUUAAUGACGUGAAUGUUUCUAAAUCAGUUGCUCAGAUCUUCCAUCAAAGAUCAUCUGCUAAGUCCCACCAAGUCAUUCCGCCUUUGCUUAGUACCAACGAUAUCUUCAUUACAGAGGAGUAAGGCAAGGAGAAAUGUUAAAUUCUUUCUUUGCCAAACAUUUCACCAUCGGAACUGGCCAAUUUCCUUUAAUUCCUCCGUUGUCUGAUGCAUCUCUAGGCAUCAUUAAUUUUCUUCUGAAACUAUUCAAAAACUGAUAAACCAUCUUUUUAACUCUCACUCAGUAGGUACGGACAAUAUCCCAAAUUCUCUUAUAAAACAGCUACGAGAUUUUCCUCCUCUGCUUAGCAAACUCUUUUCAGUAUUCCUCGUAAAUGGCCUCUUUCCUGACUAUUGGAAAACUGCUAUUAUUAUUCCUGUAUUUAAGUCUGUCUGUCGUACUUAUGUUCAGAAUUAUCGAGGUGUCCAUAAAACGCCUUUUCUCGCUAAAACCUCUAAAAAAAUUAUCGCCUUAAAAAUUACUGACUUUUGUAUAGCCAAUCAAAUUAUUAGCCCUUCCCAGCGUGGUUUUUUACGAGAUCGCUCUUGUGAAACAUGUCAUCUGUCGUUUCUCAAUCUACUUACCUCUCUUCGUAAUGACCAUCUAUCUGUUAUCCCUAUUUAUUUUGAUCUUCGUAAAGCCUUUGAUAAGGUGCGACAUAAAAGACUCUUGGUUAAAUUAGAAGCUAUGGGAAUUCGCAGUCCACUAAUAGACUUUACCAAGCCAUACCUGUCUAAUCGUAAACAAAAGGUUUUGGUGGGAUCUUCACUUUCCAGUGAAAACCCUAUUGUAAGUGGUGGCCUACAAGGCACCGUUUUAGGUCCUCUUUUGUUCUUGCUUUACAUAAAUGAUACCUCGGCAGCAGUUAUGCAUUCCAUAUCAUUUUUUAUGUCCAUGAUCUUAAAUGUGUAUAUUCUUUCAAUAAAUCAACUAGCCUUCAUUGUCUGGAACAAAUCCAUGUUGAGUUGCUUGGUCUCUCAGCUAGGGGUUCAAAAUGGCUAAUGGAAUUCUCUCCGUCUAAAUGUCGCUAUGUGUUUUGGACCUGAUGGGCGACCUCAACCAGUGGUCUUUCAAGGCACACCUAUGACUGAAUGUACCACCGUCAAGGAUUUAGGUUUAAGCUACACUAAUAAUCUUGAUUUCUCGACACACGCUGACAGAAUUACAGCCAAAGCUGCCCAGAUUUGUGGCUUUAUUUCUUACAAUUUCUACCUUCCUGAAAUUAAAUUAAGACUUUAUCGUAUGUUUGUACUUCACAUUUUUGACUGUUGUUGCCCAUUCUUUGGUUUGAUGAAUGAGGCUAUUCGUUUAAAAAAUGAAAAUGUUCAAAGACGUUUUUCUAAAAAACUUUUAGAUAGGGAACAUCCAAAUAUCUCCUAAUCAGAUAGAUGCCAGCUACUUAACCUAAAACUUUUAUGGGUUCGAAGAUUAGCAGCAGGCUUCUGUCUCCUCUUUCGCAUUAAUAAUAGUUCAAAUCUUCCUCAGAUUUCAUCACUUACCCCUAGUAGUCGCCCAUACAAUCUUCGCAACUCGCCCUUGAUUAUACCUCCGCCAGCUUCCUCCACCUCUAAGCGCUCUCUUUUUUCGCUUCCAGAUAAACUUUCCUCUGGAAUAACCUUCCAGACGAAGGUUAUCUAAAUACUGAGUCGAUUAAACUUUUAUUUUCCUCAUCCUUCCCGGACAACCUUCUCUAUGGCACUAAGAAAGGGCCACUGGGGAUUUAGGACGCCGCCAAUAACUUUCGGUAUCUGCUCACAUUUCCUUCCUUUGUGAGUCGUAUCGCUUCCUAAGAUCCCUCACCAGCAAUGUUAAUUUUUCCAAUUUUUCAGUUCAUGCAUCGUGCCCUCACAGAAUGCGCUCCAUCGACGCUCUUGGCGAAGCCUUCUGUAUUCGCCAUAUACUAGUAGUCUGGUCGCAUCUACCUUGCCCCAUCCUCGGAUGGACUCGGAUGAAUGUAACCGACCGCAUCUGGGUUCAUGUCGCCUCGAGACUGGUUUUCAAUUUCGCCACUUAUUUGCCUAAUUCAAGGCCGCAUAUAGGCCAGUCCUGCCUGACCCGCAUACUUACCCCUUCAUGAAAUCCGUUACACAAUACCAUAUACAGCGACGAUUUUCACGGUUUUUGAUGUCAUCUCCCGUAUUUCAACCUCAUGCUGUCUGUCGACGCUCAAGGCGAAACCCUCAGUAUUCGCCUUAUACUAGAAGUUUGGUCGUACCUCCCUUUCCCACUCCUCGGCUGGGCUCGAGACGUAUUGUGGCCGAUCGCAUCUGCAUUCCUCUCGUCUGGCCUCUUUGACGCGAAUAGUCUCAUCUGGCGUAUUAAUCCUGCCCUGACGAGGUCGGUUCUGAAUCGCGUAUACAAUACCACAGGCAUGCCAGUCCUGUCCGACCCGCAUACGUACCCCUCAAGGCUGACAUUUAUUUCUGCCCUGACGAUGUCCGAUUAUAAUCCGUUAUAUACCGCCACAUGCAGGCCAGUCCUGCACGCAUUUUUCUGUUAUUACUUUUUAGCGAGUGGUUAUUUUCCUCCUGUAAAAUUAAUCCAGUCAUUUUUAAAUUUUUAUGUGGAGUUUCUUUCACCUCUCGCAAAUCAUAGUUCUUAACGGACUACUAAUUCAGAAACUAUGAAUUGCAUUUUGAACAGAUUUUGCCUACCUCGUCUAAAAUUCGCAAGUAAAUUUAUUUUUACUUGCUUUGAUGGGGUCCCGAAGGGUCUUUAAUAAAAAUUAUUAUUAUCUAUCUGUAUACCACACAUUUUUAACGCUGCAAAUAGGGUACUCAAAGGCCAACGCCUAUUUCCCUCAAUAAACUGAACUGAACUGACAUUUGGACAGUGCCUGCCCCUUCUGGACGUCCUUUUGGUCGAAGAGCAGAUGGGACAGUUAGUGGAAGCAUAUUUCGCAAGAAAAUAUGCAUAAGGCAAUAUGCAAAUUUCUGCAGUUUUGUUUCGCUAAGCCAGAGGCGAAGCUUGGUCUGAAAUGAAACUCUUAUCUCACCAGCCGAGCUAGGAGAAUAUUCACUACAGAUAGGCUUGACAAUGAACUUGCUAUUAGACAAAACAUACUGAGAGAUGAUGGCUAUUUUGAAGAUUUUAUCAACAGAUAUGUGGAAGAACGUCCUCUUAAAUCUGAAAUGUCGAUGGUUGAGAAGGAAAAGUUACUUCUAUCACUGCCAUUUCGAGGAGGUCCGGCGAGUGCAUUUCUACAUCUUCGCCUAAACGUUGUUAUCACGCACACGCACCCAGCCGCUAAGAUAAGACUAGUUUUCACAAGCACUCCUCUUCUAGGCCUUAGAAGCAAGGAUAGGCUGCCUUUUGGACCUCUUCAAUGUGCGUCUACGCCUUCACUUGCUCUUGUGGGGCAGGUUAUAUUGGUUGAAAGACUAGGCGUCCAUCCAAACGAAUGUGAGAGCACCAUCCUACCUGGUAAAAUCAAGUUAUGGAAAAGUCCACACCUAGCACAACUGUGGCUACUUGGUUGACAGUGGCCAUCGGGUAGACGUCAACCAAGCAUUCCGAGCAUUCCGAAUAACUAAGUAUAUUUUGUGCUGACUGUAUGUAAUUGCAUUUGUAAUCUCAACUGUGCAUAAACAGGGUCACCCAGCGAUCGACUCGUAACUCUUAAAAAAACUGAAGGUGGUGGGUUUGUGGUCUUACGCUGGUAAAAUAAUAUCUGUUAGGGUGCAUAUGAUACUGAAAAUAUUUUAAUAAGAUUGUUAUCUGAACUCGAAUUUUGGACGUACAGUUUUCAAUAGGAACUUCAAAGGCAAUGUCUAGUACCCUUAGAUAUAUUACUAUAUCUGACUAAGGUGGAUGCCUUCACAUAGUAUUUCGCAAAUCCGUUUACCUAGAUAAAUUUUAUUAUCUAGAGCAGUCAUGUUUGGUAAAGUUGCACAGCGCUGACAGCGACAGCACUGUCAGCUGUGCAUCUUUGUUAAAAUGUUUAUUAACUCUGUUUGUUUUCAACAGAAUACACAUCUCGUUAUAAUGGAAAUUGAAACUAGUUUUAGGAAGCCACUUUCUCUACUUUCACUGUCUCGAACAGUGCUCAUAUACCCCACAGAAGCACAGUCCACAAAGACUCAGUUCUCGGAACAUUGCCGAUCAUCCUUUACGUUAAUGACAGCCUUCUGGAACUCGACUGCGGUAAAAUAAUGUUUACCGACGACGUUAAGCUCUGGCAAUCCUCUAAGAGUCCAAAUGACCAGAGGGCUCUUCAAAACAAUCUGCACCGACUGCAAGCGUGGGCAGAGAAUUGGCUUCUAGAUUUCAAUGUUCGAAAGUGUGCCGUCCUUCAUCGGCGUCCAAUCAACUGUCAUUCAAAUGUUAGCAGCAGGGCAUAUCACCUGAAAGGCAUUAGGCUUCCCGCAGCAUCUUCGCAGAAGGAUCUCAGCGUUUAGAUGCAGAACGACAUGAAACCAGCACUGCAGUGCAGCAAGCCUGCAGAAAAUGCCAUGGGAGUGCUUCAUGCAAUCAAAGGGGCGUCCGUAACCUUUGACAAAGACCUCUGUGGGGACGCCUACGGCACCCUUGUUCGACCCCACUUAGAAUAUGGCAUUCAAGCGUGGCGUCCAUAGCUAGUAACGGACUGAACAUGCCUUGAAAGUGUAGAACGUCGUGCAACAAAGCUGGUAAACGGUUUAAAAAGUCAAUCCUACAUUUACAGACUAAAUUGCCUUAAUUUAUUACCUCUGUGUUGCAGGCAACAAAGAGGUGAUCUUAUCCCCGUCUACAAGAUAAUACAUGGCCUUGGCUUUGAGGACGUUUCAAUGGCUCCUUUCACCCAAUCUUCGUGGUCACUCGAUGAAGCUACGGACAACGAUGUCUAGGCUGGAUCUUCCUUCUGAGUUUUCCACGCAAAGAGAUGUGGAGAAAUGAAACGAUCUCCCUCAAUCAGUCGUGGAGGCGACGUCCACGCAACUCUUCAAGGAGCGAUUGUAUGAUUAUUUGUGCUCCCUAUUUUCCCUCGACAGUCUGAACCUGACCUGAAUACCCCGCGAUCCCCUGGACGUUUUACCUGGAACAUUGCUACUCCAAUGAAUCAAGUACUAUUUUAAUAGCGUCCGUGUACAGUUGUAUCUAGCGAGUUGACAUGUAACCAAUAGGGUUUCCAAGGCCUUUCCUAUUAUCCUUAUCAAAUAAACUGAAGUGAACGAUCUGCGAACACCGCAGGAAAGAAAUGGUCACAGUUACAGAACGAUCACUUGGAUAAUUCAAACUUCGUCCCACUUUCUCUUAUAUGCUUAAAGGUGUCGUCAUAAACAACCAUCUACCUUGCAGACUUUUACAGAGGUGACGAAGGUCAUCGUUGGACGAGGUAUUAUACCAGUUCUGUGAAGGCAAGUCCUCGCCAGUAGGUUACAGUUGCUGACGCACUUUAGAAUAUAGGGAAACAAAUGUAAACGAUUAAGAUGCCGGUUAGGCCUUUGAUGCGUGAAUCAUCUGCUUUCGCCAUUUGCUAGUUUGGUCGGUCACCGAAGAGAUUUCGGGGUCGCAUUUUGCCUCCAACGCUUUGAUGACCGCCCUAGAGUUUCAUGCCCCCUCCCCGGCUGGACUCUAAGCGGACUGUGUCCGAUCGCGUCUAGGUUCCUCUGUCUUGAAACUUCGAGGCGGAUAACCUCAUUCGCUUUAGGAAGCUCUGCCUUGACUAUUUGCGUUUUGAAUCCCUUAUCAAGGGCCUUAUCCUCAAAACUAGAACAGAAUUCGAACGGGAUCUGCUUAACCGUGCUGCGGAGUACCCUAAAUUAUUCUACGGUUACAUUAGGCAGUGCACGCGGAACAAGGACCCAAUACCCCUGCUAAGGACUGCUGAAGGCGAACAUCUCACUGACGACAGGGCGAAAGCUGAUCACCUUUCAGAAUUUUGUCGGUCUGUUUUUAGUAGCGAAACAGGAUUCAACCCUUCGGCCCUUCAAUCCUUCGAAGACACCCCAAUUAUAGAGACCGUCCAGUUCACUGAGGGUAUGGUUCUGACGGAGUUGCUGAGGCUAAAUGAAUCCAAAUCACCAGGCCCCGAUGAGGUUCCGGCGAAGAUUUUGGAGGAAUUCGCCUGUGAGUUGUCUAAGCCACUAUCCAUGCUUUUCCAUACCUCCCUUGAGACCGGAUAUCUGCCACCCUACUGGAAGUCGGCGUGGAUUACGCCGCUGUACAAGGGCGGAAGUCGGGUCUCUGCGAACAAUUACAGACCGGUCAGUCUCACCUCCAUUUGCUGUAAGAUUAUGGAGAAGAUAAUAAAGCAACAAUUAAUGCAGUUCCUUGAACAAAACCAUUUGCUUUCCGAUUCUCAGCAUGGAUUCUGCAAAAGCGGAUCCUGUGUGACAAACCUGCUCUACUGUCUCGAACACUGGACUAGGGCUGUUGAUAGAGGAGAUAUGAUGCAUGUCAUCUAUAUCGACUUUAAAAAGGCCUUCGAUAGUGUGCCUCACCACCGCCUUCUAUACAAACUUAGCCGUGCAGGAGUGCGAGGUAAGCUUCUGAUGUGGAUUCGGAGCUUUUUAGUCGGCCGCUCUCAAGCCGUCCACGUCAGUGACCAACAAUCUGCCGAGGUUGCCGUUAAGAGUGGUGUUCCCCAAGGCUCUGUUCUUGGCCCUACACUGUUCCUCGUAUACGUCAAUGACUGCGCAAACGAACUGAAUUGCGAUGUCGCAAUGUUUGCCGAUGACAUAAAGAUCUGGAGUACCAUACGAAGCGAAGUUGACGAGGCGCGACUGCAGACAAAUCUGGACCACCUUGGGCAAUGGUCGAAAAACUGGCUUCUACCGUUCAACGUAAACAAGUGUAAUUUCCUACGCGUCGGCAGAACCAGUUCUCCUAACUACACGGUCUACCGUCUGACUGGCAAACCACUGUAAGAAGUCGACGCCCAGAAGGACUUGGGUGUAUGGAUCACAACCUCGCUUAAGCCUUCGCUGCAAUGUUCAAAGGUAGCCAAGUCGGCGAUGUCCAUUCUAUACCUCGUCAAACGGGCGUUCUCCUCCUUUGAUGAAGACUGCUUCGCCAAGGUCUUUCAGACUUUCGUCCGACCGCACCUGGAGUUUGCUAUCCAAGCAUGGAGACCCUGGACCGCUAAAGACUUGGGCAUACUCGACAAAUUUCCACGGCGAGCAACGAAACUUUUAUCUGGGCAGUGGUCGCUACCCUACGAAACACGAUUAGCUAAUCUUGACCUCUUUCCAUUGAGUUACAGACAACUACGUGGGGACCUGAUACAAGCUUUCCGCAUUGUGCGCAAUCAGGGCUGCUGCCUCGCAUUUGGAGACUUCUUCGAGUUGGCGACUACGACUAACCUGAGAGGCCAUCCACUCAAACUGCGUGUGGCUGGUGCCCGGAUAGACACCCGAAAGUUCUUCUUCUCCAACAGAGUGGUUGCAACUUGGAAUGCCUUGCCUGAGGAUGUUGUUAUGUCGGGCUCCGUACAUACUUUUAAACGGAGGCUAGAUCAGCAUUGGAGCGCGCACCACAAUAACGCCGGACUACGGUCACCUUGAUAGCCAACGUUGACAAUUUAGUGCUAUUACGAUGCUACUACCAACAUUCAAGUAACAUGUGUUUAUGUAAUUUAUUAAUUGUGAACCGCGUCGCACACCGCUGCUCGCAUUCACCACGAUGCCUGUAGACUAAACAAUUUUACUUCUUUUCCCGUAUCUUAAGUGUGCCUCAACUGUUCGCUGUAUUUGAUCAACAAAGCAAGUUAAUGUGCCUCUAAAUUCUGUUAACGCAUGACAUUCUGUGUUCAUCUGUACAGUUUUUGCUAUUCCCCUCGCAUUUCUUUCAUGUUUCUUCCUUUCGAUUUCCUUCAUAUAUAUAUAUAUCCUCUGCAUGUAACCAAUAGGGAUUUCAAAGGUACACACCUACUUUCCCUGAAAUAUACUGAUACUGAUAUUAAAUAGAGACCAGUCCCCUUCGACCCUCAUUUUUCCCCUUCGUGAGUGGCAGUUUAUUUCUCCUCAAAUAUUAAUCAAUUUACAUUCGUCUAGUGUUUCCACAAGGGGUUUUUUUUUGCUCGCUGACCGUUUUUAUAUGUGGUUUUUUAUUCUACAACCGUGAACUGAAUAAUGUGCAGAACAUGUCUACUUGCUCUAAAAUUUACUUGAAAGUUUACAUUUACCUGCUAUGAUGAGAUCCACAAGGGCCUUUUAAUAAAAUCAUUUAUUAAUUUAAUAGGGCGCACUCAUAGAAGGAUAACGUCGGCUGCACGGUUAGCUGCACGUCCGCUGGUGGAAUGGAGGUGCGGGGCGCUCAGCAGUGGAAAAACACCCAUACCUCAGUUGCUGCGCCUGCGGGGAAUCCUCUAGUCCAGACAACAAAAACGACAUUGGAAUUCUGACAGUCAAAUACAGAACUUGGAAACUCCAGAUUUCGCAUUCACCUGCAGCAUAUCCAUAUAUUUACCGUACAAUGCAGUAGGUAUCCUUCUUUUAAUGCCCCGAAAUGCAUAUACUGGAUGAUUUUGUAAAACCCAUAUUUUACACGCUCUUUGGAGUUGAAAUUAUUCUGCACGUUUAUUUUGAAGGCCGAAAGCUUAUGGACGAUCUCUGCUGGUUGAAAGUUAUGGGGUUAUAAUGACUUCGUAGACUAUUAACUGAGUCACUGCUGAAUGCAGAGGUGACUGCCGUCUAGAAUACCAAUGACAGUGACAGAUUAUCAGACCUGGAGUCUGUUUUCUCAAAGCGACUGAAAGGGUCGCUUGAUAAUUUCGCCCAAAGCGUCCAGGAAAAAAUUCGACCGAGAACUUCACAAGUGAGUUAGCUUCGACAUUUUUGAAACUUCUCUUGUCCUAUGGAAGAAAUCCCUGACUUUCCUCACCGAACCGGAUUACAUCCUCGCAGCCACCUCUAACGGGAUAAGUAAUCACCAGAAUAUAUUUUUUCUUAUUUCUUCCGCAAAAUUUUCAAAUUUAGCUAUUAUAAUAAUAACUCCCCAUCUCUAACGCAGUCGCCAUUUGGACGUUUAAAUGAUACGCACAAUACUGGGUUUGGAAGGCUAUAAAUGGAUAACGAAGAUAAUCUGGAAGGAAUAGGUAAAGCAUAUGGAUUGUGUUGAGCAAAAGAUGCGUAUGUACUGUUUAACGUGCGGAUUUCGGCAUUCCCCGGAUUGUCUUAAAAAACCAGUGUCCACUCGAUAUGGGUUAGGCGGAUAAAACCGAUGUCUAAUCGGUGUACGUAUCUCAAAAAGUAGAUAUUUGCUAGAUAUCACUUCGAUAGAAUUCGUUACCAGGGUGUUUGUGGAAUUUGCAGUGCCUAGACUGGAUCCUAGGCACAUGUGAUUUAUUAUUUCAGAUACAAUAAUAUUUUAUAUCCAACGAAUUUGAUUGCAAGUUUAAAGGCGAACGAAAAUUGCGAACACUGAAUUUUGUCUGAGGUGGAGUAGAGCGCACGAAAUCAAUUCAGUAGGCUUGUGAUGGGUAACGAUGUGAAGUCCAGGUUGGACAAUGCCAACAGGACUGGAUCACUUCAGUUCAGCGGUCUAAAAUUAACAAAAGUAUGCCUGUUGUUUUAGAUCAUUAUGUGCAGGUACCCGACGAAGUUAGAAAGGUCCCUAAUUUACGCAUCGUGGAUCUCUCUUUGAACAAAAUUCGAACUGUUGAUGUUUGGAUCGGCCUGCUAAAACACGUAAAACUUCUUAAUCUUAGUGACAAUCGAUUGAGUACGUGCCCUCCCUUUUUACUAUUAUAACAACGGACAUCACGUAUACUAAUUUCCCAAUCGCCAAAUAAUUGACGGGGCCACCGUAUGCAGACCGUCCGUAGCCUCCUUGAAUAUUCGUUUAACAAGACAAAACAGUGUGUUAGACGUUAUAUGCAUAUCUAAAAAAUCUCAUAUCGGUUACGGUCAGUGGCAGCAAAGAAAAUCACCAGCAGGAGCUUGGUGUAUGUUUAAAUUGAACAUAACAGCCAAGACAUUUUUAUAAAGUGUGAGUCUCUAUUAUGUACAAAAGUAUAGAAAAAGUGAAAGAAGAGGACAUCCAGUUGGCAACAAACACAUUAGAAUCGCACAUAGCGUGUCGGAGGCAACGGGCACCCGACCCGCUGGCGUCAGGUGUUAUUUUAGCUGUUAAUCACAUCCUAUGCAUGGAAGUCACCUGCAUAUUCUGGGCCUUAUCUCUAAGGAAGGACAGUAUUCGAUCAGUGCAACAGUCACUAUUAAUCUGGGCCUUCGGACCUGUUCAGAAGGCAACAAUCAGAAAAUGGAACAACACUAACAGACGUGGUCUUUCGCACUUCCGUAAGAGCGAUUUUGGAUGGAUGCGGCACCGCUCCACUUGGUAACCUACGCACAGCGCGUAAUACGCGAGUUUUCGUCGUUUUUUGGGUUUUUGUCAGAUAUUCAGGCCUCCAGUAGGAAUCGCCCUGUCCUGUUUUCGGCCCGCGUUUUCAUCUGCAUGCUCAUGAGAUUGAAUGCGUGGCCAUCUGCAGGGUGUGGACACCAAACUGGGACAGCAGGUUGCUCCGCCGUGCCGUACUGUUCAUGCGUUUUUCGUUGUUCAGUCUUAUCUGUCAAACAUCAGAGACAGCAGUGGUAUUAAAUACGAUAGACUACACCUCAUCCGCAUUCGGUUGGUCCCUCACCGGAACGACUUGCGCGCAGUAGCCUCCGAAUGAUUGUGGGUUGCCGCAAAGUGUGUUUCCAUUGAAUCUGCCAAACGUUUUCCUCCUGGUCACUGCUCUUAUUCUAAGUGGAAAGCAGGGUAGGUCAAACUUGGAAUGCCUUCUUUCCGAGACUGGGUAGAUUUUCGUGAUAAGGGUCUCCAAUUUAGUUUGCAUCGUCUAAGUGGGAGGGAACCAGCGGGUCCUUGCUCACUAUUACCGCCAUACUGCGUUUAAAUUGGCCUUUGAUGACGUCGCUAUCAAGUGAACUGCAUAUUCUACGCUCAACUAUCGAUAUAGCGUGUUCAGCAAGAACUCAUGAGGUGCCGAAAUCUCGUACUGUGCCAGAUUAAAUGCGGACUUCUUGUUUCGUACUUCACGACUACUUUCGGCGUGUCCUGUCCACAAACUUGGGUUAAAUGGAUUCCAUGGGGGGAGGGGGGGGGGGGAUAAAUGGUGGAAUAAUAUCUUAUGCAUUCGACCAACGCUUCAAAUCCAACCCAAUCUUUAGAGCAUAUUUUGUUGCCUUUAUUUCAGCAUGUUGCGUGUCCUGUCGCCUUUACUGUAAAUUGGGGGUCUAGAGUAUGUGGCCAUUUCCGUCAACCUAAGUGUUUAUGCCUAUCUAGUAGGCACGCUUAUUCUGCGCACUGUAAAAUACCCUCACUUUCCAGGUUAUUUGCCCGUCGAGGUGACCCAACUGACGAAGCUGGAAACACUAUUGGUGUCAAAGAACAUGUUAAAGACCCUGGCACCACCGUCAUCGCUUGCCAACUUCUCUGCGCUUACCAACCUGCGCACCGUUGAUUUCUCCUUCAACUGCCUCACCGAUUUUCCCGUGGAGUUGUGUACCUCAUCCGUCCCCCUCGAUCAUCUCAAUCUGUCGAACAACCAAAUUAGUGUCAUACCCACUUGCGUGGAAGCACUUCAGGUUGAACCCCUUUCUCUGAAUGGGCUAGUUAUUAUCAUGUUGCUUAGUUAACCGCAUUUGGAGCUUCCGAAACCACGAUCCUUGUUAUCAUCGUCAUUAUUGUUGUUAUUAUUAUUAUUCAUAACACUCAUACACAGACCUCCAGUGCUUGGUGAACGGUACUCACUAAGUCUCCAAAUCAGCCGACGUUAUGAGGCGGGCUAACCUUUGGGAGUUUUUUAUAUACUCUAUUUAUUCUCCUCUUAGCACAGAUGAUCCGCUUCAUGCUAUUGCAAGCUUCUAUAUCCUUCACAACAUGUGCGCCUUCGUUUAUAAUAUUUUCUUGAAAUUUGUACCAAUUUUUACUAGUGCUCUAGAGUAAGCAGUGUGGUUAACGACUAUACUCGUAGCAAUUGUAAAUUUAACACACUAUCCACAAAAGCUGAAGAGUCUCGGUAUCUGGCAUCGUGUCUAUGUCCGGCUUAACCGCAUCACUAGGGCUAACUUGAUGGUGCUCCACUUUGGACGAGAAUUCUGAGUGACAUCGUCAGGGAUGGGUUUGCCUCCGGUCGGAGAUCACUCGAUUAAUACUGUAGGAGGACUCCUGCUUGUCCUAACUAAACGAGUGUCAGUAUCUUCUUACGUACUGAUUUAUUUUCACAUUUUUGACGAGUUUCGAGACAAUUUGAACUGAAACUAUACAGGUGCCAAGCCUAUGGUGAAGCUGUCUUUUGGAAAAAAUGGCGCGCUCUCCGCAACCGUUCUCUCCAACCCUAUUGUCAAUUUAGACUGGCUGUAUGAUAAUUUGUAAUAGCGAUCACCAGAGUGAUUUCCAUGAAUGAACUGAUUUUGUUUUGCGUCUGUCGGUGAACAAAUACACCCUACGUACCGAAAAUGGGAAAAUCUCUAAAGGUGUCUGUAAGCGGAAAAAAUAACUUAAAUGGGACCUCAGUGCUUGUAGCUCUGAACCAUAAUCUCAAGACAGUUGGUAUGCCGGCUUUUCAUUAAGAGUGCUCUCAGUCAUUUAUAAGCAACAUCGCUGCUUAGUCCGCGCCUCCUCUCCGUGUAUCCUGAAUGCUUGUGUGUGGUCGGUUAUUGUUCAUGCUUGCGGCGCGUGAACCGUCGAGCCAAAUUUGAUUUCAAAUUAUUCUGCAUUUGUUACUUACACAAAUCAGUGAUUGUAUUCUACAGGUUCAUUCAAUCUCAUACUUUUGUGCAUGCUCUCUCCAAAUAGCUUUCUACCUAAGGGUACUGGCAUGUUUCAUAGUCAUCACGCAUAGGUCCUGACAGUUCUCGGUCUUGUGUUAUUACUAAGAGUUCCUUGGACUUGGUGGUGUAGCUGUUUUGAACGCAUUUUGGUGGUUGCGCAGGCACUGCGCACACGAUCACCAACAACGUGAAAGCUAUGCUGAGGAACACCAAUACCGAUCAACCCAUCCCGCCUGUCCGCACUGUGGGCGUACGUUUAAGGGUCGGCUCCCUCCGUGCUGGAUACUUGCAUCUCCACGCAGCUCACGCUAACUCGGGCCGAGUACGACAACACGGCUGAUAGUCAUUUGACCGUCCGACUAACCACUGUAGUGGCAAUGAAAUGAGAGCAAGAUGGGGUACAUGGCGCAUCCGAUGUGGCACCUAGGAACUCUGGGCUCCUACGGCGACUCCUCUGUGCCUCUGUCCCUGUGCAGUGUCCUCACAGACCAGCAAUUCCUCCAUAUAGGGCAGCAAGUACGCUCCGACCGCGCCAGCGUAAGUGUGAAUUUAGGGCUGAGGCUGAACUUGCUGGGAAAGUUCGAGUGAACCGUAGCAUCGAACAUUAAAGUACUGCACCCAUUCUGCAAACACAAUUGGAAAGUGGUAGUUAGUCUCGAUUUGGUGGGCGUGAGACCGUAUUAUGUGCGUAUUAACCGCAAUACAAGCCGUGCCAGCCUCCAAUCUCAGUUGUGUUGGUUGAAAUCCUGGUUAUUUGUUGUGUGGACCGGGGAGUGUGGUGGAACGCCAAGGUGAGGAUCCGUCCGAGCCAUCCACCUGCGGCCUCCCUCGUCUCCGGUCUUCUUGACUCUGUCUUGACACCGGGCUCGGGCGAGGGAGGAGGAGAGAGUGUAGGUAGAUGCAGCGCAAGUCUACCGGCACUAUAAACCCCUGCGCAAGUCACCGUCCCUGUUCCCACCGCUGCUGCAGCUGUGGGGCGCCCGGUGGACAUAAUCGAAAUCGAUAGUCGAAUUGUCACAAGCAAAUUAACGGACAGGGACCCCUUCAGCUAAUCUAUGAGCCCUACGUUGAACAGAACUUCCCGACUUGUGCUGCUAGUGUACACUGCGUCUUCUCCUUUGGGACGUCAUGCGACUCAAAUACAGGGUGGAACCAGUUCUCUAUCCACAAACAGGCUCGUCCACAAGGGACGGAUACCUGACCGGAAAUUCAGCUUGGUCCUCAGGUCUGAAGAAUCAUCAGCGCCGACGAACGGACUGCCGUUUGGAAUUCUACAACGUCGCGCUGUGGCGACCACGAGCCGUCACUGCACAGUCCUCUCCCACUCAGGACGUUGAUAUCGGUGAAAAAUAUUAUAAUGUCUAGAAAUAAUUAAACUAUGCUGCUACCGUGUCAGGAUCCAUUUCUUUGCAGUCACUGGCUUCACCUUCCCUCCUUCCUACCUUAUGCACUGCUUAGGCAAUUGAGCUGAACCUGAACGAAAAUAAAGUGGACACGAUUGCCGAGUCGAUCGCCCGUUGCCCGCGCCUCAAAGUCCUUCGACUGGCACACAAUGCAAUCACCCUUCAGGCCUUCCCAAUGAGCAUCCUCGAGAACUCCACGGUCUCCCUCCUCGUCCUUGAAGGCAACCCCCUGCAGAUAAAGACCCUCCAGGAACUCCCCGCACAUGCUAAGGUAGACACUUGCCUCAUACGCUUGGCUAGAAGAGACUUUUGUUGA